UGCCUGCCCUUCUUCGAUGUGGCCAUUGCACUCCAUGCAUGCACACUCGCCACAUUGCUCUCUGCCUCUCCCUCAUCUCAUCUUCUUUAUAACCAUGUACUCCUACCAGUGCAGCAGCCUGGAUUCAGUGUGAGGUAGUUCGGUGAGGGGAGAGGAGAUGGGGCACCACUCCUGCUGCAACAAGCAGAAGGUGAGGAGGGGCCUGUGGUCACCAGAGGAAGACGAGAAGCUCGUCAAGUACAUCACCGCGCAUGGCCAUGGCUGCUGGAGCUCGGUCCCAAGACAAGCCGGGCUGCAGAGGUGUGGCAAGAGCUGCAGGCUGCGGUGGAUCAACUACCUGAGGCCGGACCUCAAGAGGGGGAGCUUCUCGCAGGAGGAGGAAGCCCUCAUCGUCGAGCUCCACAGGGUGCUAGGGAACAGGUGGGCCCAGAUAGCCAAGCACCUGCCCGGCAGGACGGACAAUGAGGUGAAGAACUUCUGGAACUCCACCAUCAAGAAGAAGCUCAUAUCUCAGGCCGUGGGCAGCCUCCACUCCGGUAACAUCCCUUCCUCUGCAGAUUUGUACUACAACAUUCUGGAUGGGGCCGGGCAGGGCAUCGCAGCUGCGGGGUGCGCGUCACUGAGCGUGCUGGACAAUGCGGCUCAAGCUGUGGCCACGCAGUGCCCUCCAUCUUCAGUUCACAACUCGGCGGCAUGGCUCGGCUUCGCCUCUCAGCCGCUGCUCCUCCCCGUCCACGGCGGCGACCUCCAGUACGCCGUCGACGGGGAGUUCAUCAGGCUGUGCCGCGCCGCCGAUAACGCCUACCCGGACAACGGCGGCCCCAACCUCUUGGCUCAAGAAGGCGCGGCUGAUCGGAGCUGCCUCCCGGCGUUUGCCGAGCCAAAGGGCGCCGGCGCUUUCGCCGCCGACCCGGGCAUGGGUCCGGUGGUGGACUUCAUGGACGCCAUCCUCGGGUCCUCGUCCACGUCGGCGGCCAGCAUUUCGUCCGUCGACAGCUUCUCGGCCAACACCGGCAUGCAGCUUCACUGGGUUCCCUGAGUUACUGGCUGGGGGUAUUUGGGUAGGUGCAUGUACGUACGUAUGGCCUGAUCUAGUAGCUGGCUUCCUAAAUUAUAUAGUUGACGAUGGAAUAAUUACCUCAUGUGCGUUUCCUAGGGUAUACUGUGGUACUAGUAUUUACAUGAGUUACGUGUAAAUAUAUAUUGUAGGAAUUACUAUUACUAUAUAUAUAUAAUGGUAAGUAUAUAUAUCAUGGUUCUCCGUGUGCC